UCAAUUCUUACUGAGAAUUAUACGCUUAUUGGCUGCUCUUCAGCAGAAUUAUCGGAGAGAACAAUCAAAAAUUAUAACUUUUGAUUUCUUCGAUGUCACUAACAAAAAGGUAAGAAGUGAUGAUAAAGAACUUAUGCCUUACCCAAUAUUUUAUAAUGUCCAUUAAAAAGCAUGAUUAUAUUUUAUAGUUAGAUUAGGUUAGAUUAUGAUGAUACAUGGUUAUAUGACAGAUGAAACAUUUUGAGUUUUAUGGGCGGUACUGCCGUCGCACAUUUUACCAGGCAGCUAGCACGAAAUGCAGAGUAUCUAUGCCCAAUGAUGGAGUAAUGAGUAACGUGUUUGCCCGCUAUAUUUAAGGGACACGUGGUAAUGUGGUUUCGAAUUCGAGCGUGGGCACUUCGUUUCGUCGUGGGAGUCAGCGGCCUGAUGAAAUGCCUAAUAGCGGUACCGCACGUAAAACUUGAACCUUUCAGGCUUUUGAUAGAUGAAAUAACCGUCUGAAGCUAUUAACCUUGGCUGUGUCUGCAGCUUUUGUGUAUGUUACAUGUAAAAAGCCCGCGGCCAAAUUCAAACUUCUCUUCCUACUUCGCCGGCUGACGAGUAGUUUUCCGGUUUCGAAAUGUGGCGGGGCUUAUGACGUCAGUGGCUGUACGGUUUCGAUCGUUGCGGCGUUGGGCGCGGCGGUGGUGCCGCUUUCUUGUCUGUUGUAUGGGUAGGCCUCUUUUGUGUAUCUCGUAUCCUCCACACGGUCAGAGUGGCAGAGGCUCAAACAGUGCGUCUUUUUGGUGCUGCUGUGUUUCAUCUACUGCUAGAAUCGACGGAUAACGAGCGAAUCAGCUAUCCAUCGAGUGCACCGGCAAGCGGACGCCACUUGAGCUGCGGACACAUACCCGUAUGGUAUGUGGUUUGCUGGCCCGCUGCCUGCUUACUCGGGUGCUUUGCCGGCGGCGUCGUAGUCGUCUGUGCUGUGAGAAAAGGCAGAAACAUAUACCAGUGCCGGUGACGGCGGCAAUACUGAUAUUGGCAGUAACUUAAACAACAGAAAUAGCAAUUGCUUGGCUCUGUGGUACUGUGUUUGUUAUUAGGAGAAAACAGGGUGUUGAUAGUGAUACACUUAAAGAUUUGAAUUGUUUCACCGGGCUAUCGUGUGUCGUGCAAGUUUUCUUGUGUUGUUAUUAUUUUCAAGUGGUAGUAAAGACUCACAAAACUCGUAAGACUCAGCAAGGGAGCUUCGGCCUAGUGCUCCUACCGCCGCCGUUGUUGUUAUGUCGUCGAGACAGAGUCCUCGUAAGGGGACGCCCGUACGGCGAACAGGACGCAUGUCGACUCCAGUCGAUGCAUCGACGCCGGGUACGGCGGCCCGCGAUGAGGAAACCCCAGAACGGCCAUUGAGUCCGACAUUGCUGCUUCGUGAUGACGAGAAAAAACAGCUUACUGUACUUAACCAACGGUUGGCGCGAUACAUCGAGAGCAUGAGCCGUUUGCAAAAUGAAAAUCAGCGCCUGCAGCACUCAAUUCGACGCGUCGAAGAGCAGAAGUUGACAGAAGUGUCUUCGGUGAAGGGCGAUUUCCAACGAGAAAUUCAAGCUCUAAGAGCGCUCGUUGACGAAGAAGCCAAGCAUAAGGUUACCGCGCAAGCAGAAGCGGACAAUGCUACAAAACAACGGGAUCGAUUCGCUAACCUUAACAUCACGCUUCAAGCAGACUUUGAUCGAGCUUCUCGUCGCAUCAAUGAUUUGGAAACAGAAAAUGCCGACCUCAAGGCCCGCCUAGACAACAGCAAUAUACAACUGACGCAACGCAACAAAGAAAACGCACAUUUGAAAAAACAGCUUGAAGACGCCGAGCGUGCACUUAAAGCAGCCACUGUUGAUGCGGCAACCCUAAAGAACAAGCUCGAAAGCUUAAAAGAUGAAAACAAAUUUAUGCGCGAGACUCACGAGAAAGAGCUACGGCAGGCACACGUGGUCACAGAAGAACAAAUUACUGAAAUUGAUGGACGUGCGCAGGCUCGCGCAGAUCUCCUUCUCGAGGAAAAGAUCGACGAGUUCCGUCAAGUGUACGAGAUCGAGAAAUCGCAGCUCCGACAACACUUCGAUGAAGAGCUUAAGCAGCGACUCGCUGGCUACGUACCUGCCGGUGAACACGCUCAAAUGGAGAGUCGACUCGAGACAAUUACAGUACAACUGGAAACAGCCAAGAGCGAUUUAGAGGAAAAGCGUCGUUUACUGGACCAAGAACGAGCUUGGAUUGCACAGCAACUAAGGCUUAAGGAUGAACACAUCGCCGACGCAAAUGCCAGAUAUCGAGAACUGAAGAAAGAGUUCGACGAUCUUAUAGACAUUAAGGACGGCCUUCAAAAAGAGCUUGAUACUUACAGGACACUGUUGGAACAAGAGGAGACUCGUUUGAACAUAUCGGACGCCCAUUCAUCUGGCAUUUCGUCUCGUUCGCCAUCGUCAAUUUUGACUUCGAGCUCCCGCAAAAGGAAACGUUUGUCUCAGGCUAUGGAAUCAUCGACGGAAGGUCAGGAGGAAAUUCAAUGCGUGUAUCAAAACCUUGGUCCAUUGAAAGUAGCCGAACACGACGUAAGGCGUGGGCAGUUCGUUACUCUAGAAAAUACUUCCGAAGAGGAUAUUUCACUAGGUGGGUGGAGGAUUGUUCACCGUAGUGGAGACCUUGAGGCCAGCCACAAAUUCCCGCCGCGUACUCGUAUUAAGGCCAACAGCAAAAUGACAUUAUGGUCUUCGGAUUCAGGUGCAGCCCAUAAUCCUCCUACCGAUAUUGUCUUGAAGAAUAUCAGUUUUCCGACACACGACAAUCAGACCGGCGAACUGGAAAUCACCACAGCUCUGUAUAAUCAAGAGGAGAAAGAAAUCGCUAAGCGUAUUAGCAAAAGCCAGCGUUCAUCGAAGACUACAGUGCGUACAUUUAUUCCUGGAGCACGAUCGACGCCCCAGCGAGUCAGCUUUGCUCCGGGAGAAAUUUUCCACGUUGGCGGAGAGGACGGGGCCAACUUAGAUGAUUCGCGGUGCGCCAUCAUGUAAUGCACUCGGUCCCAGAUUGUUGCGGAUGAUUACAGUUUGUGCCGAAAAUAACCGCACACAUUGCCUACUAAAUAGUCUUAGGGACCAGAUUUGCAUAGCAGCAUUACAGGCUAACGGUUGUCUGUGGAGCGCGUUCAGGGACUUGACGAUGCUGUCAGUCAGAUUUUUAACACACAACGUGCGCGCUCCACCAGUAGAAUAUGGGUUCUAAUCAAUAGUUAGAUGGCGUAAAUAUCACUGAAAUCUUUGCUUCAAGAUCGGUGGCUGGAGAGGUUUCAAAGAGAGACAAACUGAGAACAUACAGAGAAAAAAAGAAGCAGAGACGCUAUACUAUCUGGUCUUGUUGUAGAUCUGCUAUAGUUGAAAUACAGACAAGGAAGAUAGUUAAGGCAAGAGACAAAAUGAAUGAGCAUAAAGAAUGAAAGCAUUUCGAGGGGACCCCGUCACAAAAACGUCGAACUAAAAUAGUCUGCAUGCGAUGCGUUUUGAUCUGGGUUAUUAGGGAUCACCGAAAGUAUCGGAUGGGUCAUGAGUAUUGGAUACUGUAUCUAGGCUUUCGAAACGCAUCCCAUGGUAGUGUUUUCAAUAAAAUUGUACCACGAACCAGAAGUGAAAGUUAACAAGUCAAAUAGAAAUCGUUUCACGCAGUAGAUCAACUUAUCAACUUUCUAUAGAAGAACGCUUUCUACUCUAAGCAGCUAUAAGCAUGCGAAUUUGACGGCGUGUAAAGAACGGCAACAAGAACACAACAGAAAACAAAUCAUCAUAAAAACAUAAUAGCGAGUGAAACGGCACUUAACGAGAAGAAUAAUGGUGCUAAUUGUCAUAGCAUAUUGCUAUACCUGUGUAUCUGUCAAAAAGGAACUAGAUAAUAAAACGUGGUCGUCGGAAUAGUUCGCUUUUUUGGGUCGACGAAAGGAAGAACGCGUGGACCCUUUUAUCGGCGCCAUGGACUCAUUGAUUUUGAGGUGAUGCUGAAACUAUUAAAUAUGAAAAUAUCUGCAACUCCGUUGAAUGUUGGGAAUGAAUGCAAGCGGUUACAUUAGCGUAUCACGUGCCUACCAUAUUUAUCAUCUUCAUUUUUAGCUCUUCGCGCACCAAAACAUGAGCGGGUAAUGAGGUUUCGCGCGCUGAUAAAAGCGGUAAAAACAGCGAUAAAAACAAUUUAAAGAAAAGACCAAGUAGAUUCGGGCGGAUAUAGAUAGAAGAAUUCUGUCGUCGCACAAGACCAAACUGAGAUCCAUGUUAAUUUUCAUGGUUAUUAUCAUUAUUAGUGCUAUGAUACAAUUGCAUACGUACCCGAUCGAUAAAUUAGCGCUUUGGAACGAAAUAAAGGCUUUAUAGUUACAGGGCGCGUCAUGUUAGUACACGGAACAUGUUGAAAUAUAUUAAAAAGAAUAAGGCAACUAAACCAUGCUGCGGGGAGAGAACAACCGAACACAUAUUUUUGAGAAGCUUGUUAUGGUAAUAUUUAUGAGAACACGCAUGAAGCGACUGAAGAUGCCUAAGAAGAAAAAAUGAACUGAAAACAGCAACUGAAGCUCAGUUGCUUAUACAAUAACACAGUAAAGGAUAGCAAAGACGAGAAAAACAGAUACAUAUCAGUCACUAAUAAAAAAAAAUGUAUACACAGUUAUAUGUAAUAAAGAAGAACUUCUUAACUAAAAUGAAUAAUCGUUAACAAAAUAUGUUACACAUCCCGGUUGAAUGGGACAAAAACUAAAUGGAGAUAUAUUUUGCUAAAUUUUCAUGAAGCUAUAGCCGCUUGUUCUAUCUGUGGCGCAAGAGGUACAAUUGCGUACGAUAUUGAUUUCCUUUUUUUUCUGUGUAGACUGCCUUCGGAGUAGUUGUAUGCUGAAGGUGGAUGUCGUCAUUGACUAUGUGUGUUCCAACCAGUAAACAAGAAAGUAAAGUUCCUUUAAAUAAUUCCCACCCGAUUCUAUUAUCACUGACCCAUCACUAUCAUUAUCAGAGCUGAUACUAUAUACAUAUACACGCAGAAACAAGAACAACAAACUGCCUUAUUAUUACUGGUCUUAUCAUCAAAUAAUUGUAGUAUUAUGACUAUAAUCACUAUUAUUGUUGUUUUUCUAUUUUUCCAUGAUAAUAAUCAAAGUGCCUUGUCAUCUUAGUAGCUAUACUGCUAGUAUGCGAGUAGAUAGUGAAAUGAGAACGAUACGACGUAAUGAGAAGCUAAUGCGGCUAUAUGAAGAACGCAAGCGGAUGAAACAAAUGUAGAAAUCAUUAAACAGAAACGAAAAUGUUGAGUCGUUGUAUUGAAAAUUUCACGGCAACUUACAUGUAGAAACUAUUGUACGAUUGCAGCGAAAUCAUAAUCGUAAAAUCAAUCCUAUUCACAGAUCUAUAAUAACAAUAUUAAUAAUAAUAAACUCUAUACGCAUGUGCAUAGGUAUGCAUUAAAAUGCGUGUUUUCACUACAAAAAGGUCGCUGCGA